AUGUCUCAUUUCAUGGAGUUGUUUGGAGGUGGACGGGCGAGGAGUAGGCUUCAAGGUGCCCACAGCAACCACAUUGGUUCUGAGCACGGCGUUGUUCCAGAUCUAGUUGGUGAGCUCAGAGGGUUCCCACUGAUCCCUUGCUCGGAUUGGGGUCUUGCUCGGAUGGUGGAGGGGCGGACCUUGAAGGAUGGUGACAACCAUGGCCGACUCUACUUCAAGUGUGCUAGGAAUGGGGUGAGUUCUUUGUAG